AUGGCCCAGAUGCGAACAUCUGUGCGGGAAGAACAACAAAGAUUUAGUAACAGAGGAGCAGAAAUGAAACAAGACAAAAUUGAAUGGACACCAUCAUUUGAGGAAGGUGACUCCCGUGAAACAGAAACACAGGACGAAUUCACAGUGGUAAGGAAAAAAACCAUGACUAGAAAUCUUCUUAGACGGUUUGAAAGAGUAGAUUGUGAAAGGCCAGUAAGAGGUUUUGGCAGAGGAAGAGGUGGAAUGCAAGGUAGUGGAAGACGUGGUGGAAUUAAUAGAAGUUUUGAUGGCUUUAACCACAGAGGAAAACAGGAGUUUGAAAGACAAAGUGGGAAUGAUCACAUUGGGAUGGAACAGACUGCUCCCAUAGAAGAGACUGCAGAAAGCGCUGAGCAGCCAAGGGCAUCUGAAGGAGGGCCUCUAAACAAAGUUGCUGAAGGAGAGCCAUUGGAAGAAGUAGUUCAAGAAAUGACGUUAGAUGAGUGGAAAAAUCUUCAGCAACAGAAUCGACCAAGGCAUGAAUUCAACAUCCGGAAGCCAGAAUCCACUGUUCCUUCCAAAGCAGUGGUGAUUCACAAGUCAAAAUAUAGUGAUGAUUUGCACAAAGAACAUAUUGAAGAUGAUUCUCAUGUCUUCCGAAGAUCCAUGAAUGACAUAACAUCUCGUCUGGAUAUUAAUUUUGGGAGUCUUUCUCUGCCUGGCCGCAGAUCAAGAGGAGCACGAGGUGGUCGUGGUCGUGGUCGUGGUCGUGGUUGUGGCAGACAAGUUGAGGAGACAAGACCUCAACCAGCAGCAGCGGUGCAGCAUGUUGCUCCAAAUCCUGAUGACCUGGAGGAUUUUCCAGCUUUAGCUUGA